AUGUCAUUCCUCUUCAAAUAUUCUACAGUCCUGCAGACCACCAAGGCGCAUGAGCGUCAUCACAGAUUGAAGGAAGAGAAGAAGAAGGCAUUCAAGCAAGAAGAGACAGAUCACAAGACAUGUUAUGAUGCCUUGAAGAGACUCUAUGACAUCACCUGUGAGAGAUUGAAGAAGAAGACAGAGCUGACAGAGGAGAAGAGGAUUGAGGCCUUGUUCAGGUCUCAAAUGCACUCCAUGAUCCAGGACAUUGAGAAGGCAGCCCUGCUCUCUGAGCAUGUCAAUCUGCUUACCACUGAGGUGGAACCCGAGGCAGCAGACCAGGAAAUGCGGGAUUUUGAGGCACAGGUUGACCUGGCUGAGAGAGAGCAGUGGGAACCCUCCUCUGAGAAGGCAGUGGAGAGAGAUUUUGAGAUGGUUAUUAUCUCAGAUGAGGAGGAGGAGAAGGAGAAGAAGAAUGAGAAGUGA